AUGUCUUCCGCAUUUCAUAUUCAUAUUGGAGGUGCUGGUGUAAUGAUUGGUGAUAUGUUAUGGAAACUUUAUGAAAAGGAGCAUAAUGAAACUACUUAAAAGAAUUAUAUUUAUUAAUAAAUUGAUGACCAUCAUCAUCCAUUAGCAUUAUUUGCUGAUUUAGAUGACAGAAUGAUACAUGAAGUACAAAGGAAUAAAUAAGUAUAAUUUAAAAAGAAUUCAUUUUUAUAUGGAUAAGAGGAUGCAUCAAACGUUUAUGCUCGAGGUACUUAUACUUUAGGAAGAGAGAUUGUUGACAAAGGAUUAGAUUUUAUUAGAUAAUAAGUAGAAAUGAUGGAUCGAUUAGAUUAAUUUGUAAUUACAACUUCAAUAAGUGGAGGAACUGGAUCUGGUUUUUCUGAGCUAUUAUUAAGCAGAUUAAAUUGUGAUUAUGGAGAUAAAGUAAAAAAAAAUGGAUUUAUAAUAUUCCCAUCUUCAGAGAUGUCAAAUAAUAUACUUGGAGUUUAUAAUGCUAUGUUUUCAAUUUAAAUGACAAGAGAAUAUUUUUAAAGUAUCACAAUGUUUGACAAUUAGUCAAUGUAUAAUGUUAUUGAUCAUCAACUAGAUUUAGAUUUUGUUGAUUAUUCACAUAUAAAUAACUUGGUUGCAUAAAUUAUUAGUUAAUAUACUGGAUUAAGAAGAUUUAAUUCUAGUGAUAAUUCCAAGUUUUUUUCAAAUAUGUGUCCCUAUCCUUAAAUGCAUUAUUUUAUACCGUCUUUUGGUAAAAUGACUUUAAUAAAUGAUUACAAUAGAAAAGAAUUAGAUCAAAGCUAAUUCAUUAAAUAUCUCACUAAAAAAGAGUUAAAACUUUAUCAAUGUCCUCAAAAUCCUAGACAUCUUUCUACAACCUUAUUAUUCAGAUAAAAAGAAGUUAAUCAUUUUUAUGGCAAAUUUGAUUUAACAAUUUAGAAUUUAGACCAUUACUUUAACUAAAGCCCAAGAAUUUUUUAAUGUAAUUCAUCUAAUUANAUAAACUAAUAAUCAAAUAAUUAAUAUUUAUUAAAAAUAUAUUUAAAUUAAUUUAAUUUAAUAAAUGAAUAAUUUAUGUAUAUUUAAUUUUUAUUUUUUGAUUCUAAAAUAAGUAUAUAAAGAAUCAAAUAUGUCAAUAAUUUCUUACUAUUAUAAAGAACGAUAUUACAUUAAAAAUAUUUUAUUUAAUUAAUAAAAGAAAUUAUAUCUUCUUAUUAAAUAAAAAAAUCUCAUAUAGAAUAUAUAGCGUUCUUUUAAUCAAGAUUUAUAGCUGUAUUAUAUAAUAAAAAUAAUAUUUAAUGA